AUGGGAGAUAUAAGAACUUUUGUUUUUGCAGUAGAGGAUACAGAAACGACACAAGGUCUGCGUAAAAUAAUUGGUCGGUCAAGUCAGGAUCAGAAGACACUGUGUGGGCCAAAUAAUCUUUAUUUUGAUGAACCAGAAUUAAGCAAGAAACAUGCCGUACUGUGUAUCAAGACACCAAGACCAAAAAUCCAGAGCAUUCCUUGCUUAGAACAACUUCGAAUAUGUAUUCGAGACUUGAGUGGCAAGGGCGGUACAGUAAAUCUAGCAUCCGAUGGACCAGAUGAUGAGAUUGAUUUGAAAAGUGGCGACACUUUUGGCCUGCUUGCAAUCACCAAUCGCUCUUUACAUGAUGACCAUACUUUAGCCGCCAAGUUAAUUUUUCGAAUUGAACUUGAAUAUUUUGAUGAAGAAAAGGAACUUGUCAAAUGUACGAUUAUGAAUGUGACCUUUCAGAACAGUGGUGUAGCGUUAUCUUCUCCUGUUAACUCAUGUAGGUUAGCAGACGACUACGACUCAAGUUGGUAUGGGUUAUCUGAGGCUAGUAUACACGCGGGACCUGCAGAGGAGGGUUAUGAGACUAAGACCAUUAUGACUCGAGGAGGUAGAUUUUCCAUUCUUUCACUUAAGAAAAAAGGCAGCAAGUUAUACCAGAAGACUAAUGGUAUGAGUGGAAGGAAGCUUCUUGAAACAAAUUCCUUCAGAGAAGAAAUCUAUGCAUGCGCUGACACAGAUACCACAGGGGAGGAAGAAGAAGAAGAGGAAGAGCAAUUAUUAGAAGUAGAAGGAGAGGAAGGAGAAGAAGAAGAAGACAUAGAGCUCGAAAUAAUCGGGGUAAAAAGGACAAAAGGUAGACGCAAGACGGAAAAAACGCCUGCUUCUUUCUCGAGAAACAAGAGAAUUACCACCCCACCUCAACAAUCCAACAGCAUAUGGAUAUUACUAAUAAUAAUUUUGCUUGUUGAUCGCUUACUAUCAUAUUAG